AACUUACGAUAAAAACAAAUCAAACGUAAUAGACUUUGCAAAACCUCCUCCACCGCCACCGUGAGUGCCACCGCCGUCAUCUUCUUCAACUGCCAUUCUCAACCCUCACCUACCACACAUGACAACCGUCUCUCUUCACCAAUCCAACCCCUUAGAUUCCACCUCUACAACAACACUAACCAAUUCACCGGACUCUCAUCCCUCCACCGCCGCCGCCACCGUCCCCACCCUCCUCCACCUCUCCUUCAACCAAGACUCCGCCUGCUUCGCCGCCGGCACCGACCACGGCUUCCGCAUCUUCAACUGUGACCCCUUCCGCGAGAUUUUCCGGCGAGACUUCCCCUCCGGCGGCGGCAUCGCCGUCGUCCAGAUGCUCUUCCGCUGCAACAUCCUCGCCCUCGUCGGCGGCGGCCCAAACCCUCACUAUCCAAUCAACAAAGUCAUGAUUUGGGACGAUCACCAAAGCCGCUGCAUCGGCGAGUUAUCCUUCCGCUCGGAAGUGAAAUCUGUUCGUCUUCGGCGUGACCGGAUAGUUGUGAUUUUAUUACAAAAAAUUUAUGUUUAUAAUUUUGCGGAUUUGAAGCUUUUGCAGCAGAUUGAUACGUUUGUGAACCCUAAGGGUUUGUGUGAGGUGUCUCAUGUGGCUGGGGCAAUGGUGUUGGUGUGUUUAGGCCUGCAGAAGGGGCAGAUUCGGCUUGAGCAUUAUGGUUCUAAGCAGACUAAGUUUGUAAUGGCGCAUGAUUCGAGGAUUGUGUGUCUUGCUCUUACUCAUGAUGGGAGCUUGCUUGCUACGGCCAGUAGUAAGGGGACGUUGGUUCGGGUUUUUAACACGCUUGAUGGCUCGUUGGUUCAAGAGGUAAGGAGAGGUGCGGAUAGAGCAGAUAUCUACAGCCUUGCUUUCUCUAAAACGGCUGAAAGGCUGGCUGUUUCAAGUGACAGGGGAACCGUUCAUGUUUUCAACUUAAAGGUUGAUUCUGGACCAUUGCAAACUAUAUCAGACCCAAAUACUGGAUCACCGCCAGUUGUUUCGCAUCUAUCAUUCAUGAAAGGCGUGCUACCAAAAUAUUUUAGUUCAGAAUGGUCAGUGGCUCGGAUUCAUUUGAACGAGGGUUUGCAGUACGUCGUUGGUUUUGGCCACCAGAACACGGUUGUGAUUCUCGGGAUGGACGGGAGCUUCUAUCGAUGCCAGUUCGACCCAGUAGCUGGCGGUGAGAUGACUGUGGUGGAGUCCCGCAAUUUCUUGAAGCCGGAUGAAACCUUUUCUUGACAAACAAUGAGGUGAUCACAAAGCAUACACCACAUGUAUCUUGUAAGUUGUGUAAUUAAACUACUAGUAAACAAGGUUAGUUUUCAUGUGAACGUGUAAAUAUGUAUAUUCUGCUCUAAUAAGUGCAAUUUCUCUGGUAUAUUAUUUUCAAACA